AAGCCGACCAGUCCCCAUCGUCCCUCCGCCCCGCCCCGCCCCGACGACGCGACCCACCACCACCACGGCUCAGCUCCGGCGUCGCACCAGCGCCUGGCUAUAAACACCCGCCCCUCCCCACCGCGGCACGGCACGGCAGCCAAAAACCACCCCAAAAACUGUACGGGAUAUUUCCAUUGUCCGCUCGGCUUGGCACGUCGACUCCAAAGCGAAGCGAAGCGAGGAAAAGGCAGUAGAGCUGUGCAGAGGAGGAGGAUGAGCACCAUGGCCGUGGCGUCGUCGUCGCUGAACCCGAACGCGCCGCUCUUCAUCCCGGCGGCGUACCGCCAGGUGGAGGACUUCUCGCCCGAGUGGUGGGAGCUCGUCAAGACCACCGCCUGGUUCCGCGACCACUGGUUCCGCCAGCACCAGCUCCACGAGGCGGCCUACGAAGCCGCCUUCGGGCUCCCCGACGACGCCGACGUCGACGUCGCCGCGCUCCUCCCCGACGACUCCGUCGACCUGCUCGACACCGACGACCUCUUCUACGCGCCCGACCACCACGUCGCCAAGCCCGCCGGGUACGACCUCGACGUGCUCAGGGCGGUGAGCCUCGGCUCCCCGAGGGCCGUCGUCGGCGCCCCGUCGCCGCGCGCCCAGCAGCAGCAGCAGCAGCAGAGGCACGCGGACAAGCCGGCGCACCACGUCGGCGUCAGGGGCGCCGCUCGCCGCUUCAUCCACCAGCCUCGCUAGAGCCCUUCCUUCGUCUCCUGGCGACCCGCGAUGGCUGCUGCCGCUGCUGUCUAGUGUAACAUCAAGUCUAGUCUCUGUUUCUGUUUAUACGUACGACUAAAAAAGAGAGGAGAAACUCAACCAAGGAGUCUGGAGCUCUCCUCUCCUUGUAGUUUCUUGUGUUCAGUUCAGAUCAGGUCCAUCGAGCUGUCUUAGAAAAGAGAAAAAAAACAAGCAAAAAAAUUUGGAGUGAUGCAGAAUCAUGUACUACUGCUCCUCCUACCUUGUUCAUGUUGUUGGAUAUAAGAUGGCAAGCAGUCUGAUACUCUGAUGUUAGAACUCUUCA